AGCAUGACUAAUAGUCUAUUUAUGUAUCAAUGUAAACUUGUGGUCUGUUUAGCAGAAAUGGAUGCUUUUCUCUUUGUGAAUUAAACUUAGAAAGUGUCAUGUAAAUGGCACAUUUCAGCUAUUAUUGACAUUGCUCGUUCCAGGUAUAGAAAAAGAAAAACACCGUCUUUUAUUUUUGUCUUAAAAAGUUAAAACCGAAAGCAGACAACUUUUGAAAUCUCAAACAACUGAUGUGUAAUGAAAUAAAAAGUCAUAGAUCAGAAAUUGACAGUUUAAUAACAUAAAAAAAAUUGUGUUCAAUUGAGAUCCAUUGUUAGUUAAUCUUGCGGAAGCGAUUGAUGAAGAUAAGACCUAUAAAACCAGGUUUGCAUGACACGCAUGUGUAGUGAUAAUUGGAUCGUUUAGAUAACGCCUGUAACAGUGUAAGUACUGUAACCAGAUCUGUCGUCCAUUAAAAAACAAACAUUGACAACUGAUAGUGUGUGAUAAACUUGCUUUGAAUCAAAGAUUGAUAAAACAUAGUACUAAAAUGGGGAGGAAAGCUACUUUAGCGGUUUGCAGCCUUAAUCAGUGGGCGAUGGACUUUGAAGGUAAUUUAACCAGAAUCAAACAAAGCAUCCGCGAGGCUAAAGAUAAUGGCGCUAAAUAUAGAACUGGUCCGGAACUGGAGAUAACAGGAUAUAGUUGCGCGGAUCAUUUUCUUGAAAGUGAUACAUUCCUUCAUUCAUGGGAAGCAUUGUCAGAGCUUUUGAGUAGUCCAGAAACCCGGGACAUUCUUUGUGACAUUGGUAUGCCUGUGAUGCACAAAGGUGUAGCCUACAAUUGCAGAAUUUAUUUCUUGAACGGAAAGGUACUUCUUAUCCGACCAAAAAUGUUCCUAUGCAACACCGGUAAUUAUCGUGAGGUCAGAUGGUUUGUACCGUGGAGAAAGUCCCGACAAUGUGAAGAGUAUUAUUUGCCGCGAAUGAUCCAAAAAAUUACCCAUCAGAAGAAAGUUUUGUUUGGAGAUGGAGUUAUUUCAACUCAAGAUACAUGUCUAGGUACCGAGAUCUGUGAAGAGUUAUGGUCUGCCAAGAGUUGUCAUUCAGACCUCUACAUGGAUGGCGUCGAGAUUAUUACAAAUGGCAGUGGAAGUCACCAUGAGUUACGGAAAGGAUACACUCGCGGAGAUCUGGUCAAAUCUGCUACAUACAAAUGUGGUGGAAUUUAUUUGUUUAGUAAUCUUAUUGGUGGGGACGGAGAGAGGUUGUAUUUUGACGGUGGCUCUAUGAUUUCAGUUAAUGGAGAAUUUGUUGCUCAUGGACCUCAGUUUUCCCUGAAAGAAGUAAUUGUAACAACUGCAACAGUUGAUCUGGAAGAUGUGAGGAGUUAUAGAAAUGGUUUGAGAACAACAUCGGAAAUCUCAACAACUUUGCCCAGUUUUCCUCGAGUAGAUGUAGAUUUUGCUUUAACUGAUUCCGAAAACGAAUGGAGGCCAGUGACCGAGCCAAUACCACUGUUGAUUCACAAAGCAGAAGAAGAAAUUGCGCUGGGUCCUGCUUGUUGGCUUUGGGAUUAUUUGAGACGGAGUAAACAGGGUGGUUUCUUUCUACCGUUAAGUGGAGGAAUUGACAGUUCAUCAACAGCUUGUCUUGUAUCAUCCAUGUGUCAUCUUGUUUGUGAAGCUGUAGCUAAAGGAGAUGUUCAGGUUUUAGAGGACGUGAGGCGAAUUGUUGGACAGGACGGCUAUUAUCCUAUAGAUCCAAGAGAACUUGCUGGAAGAAUUUUUACCACUUGUUACAUGGGUUCUGAAAAUAGUUCUAACUUGACAAGAAAGAGAGCUGAAGACUUGGCUUCAGAAGUAGGAAGUUAUCAUCUAAGUGUAUCUAUUGAUGUUGCGUGUGCAGCUGUAAUGAGCAUCUUCACAGCCGCUACCAAUUUGGUCCCUAAAUUUAAAGUUCAUGGUGGAAGCAUCAGAGAAAACUUAGCUCUUCAAAAUCUCCAGGCACGAAUAAGAAUGGUCAUAGCUUACUUGUUUGCUCAGCUCACUCUUUGGGCCAGAGGAAAACCUGGAGGUCUGUUGGUGUUAGGAUCUUCAAAUGUUGACGAGUGUCUGAGAGGCUACAUGACGAAGUACGACUGCUCCAGUGCAGAUAUCAACCCAAUUGGUGGAAUAAGUAAAACGGAUCUUAGACAUUUUAUCAAAUAUUGUACAAGGAAGUUUGGGUUCAAUUCUUUAAAAGAGAUUUACGCUGCUUCACCAACAGCUGAACUUGAACCAUUGAGUGAUGGACAGAUUGCCCAGACAGAUGAACAAGAUAUGGGAAUGACUUACGAGGAGCUUUCAGUUUAUGGGAAACUUAGGAAGCAGAAAUAUUGUGGACCGUACAGCAUGUUUUGUAAGCUGAUAUACUUCUGGAGCAAUAGCUGUUCACCAAGUGAAGUAGCAGCCAAAGUGAAACAUUUCUUCCGGUCUUACUCUAUCAAUAGACACAAGAUGACAGUACUCACGCCAGCCUAUCAUGCUGAAUCUUACAGUCCUGACGACAACCGAUUUGACCAUCGACAGAUUCUUUAUAACAACUCAUGGACAUGGCAGUUUAAUGCUAUUGAUGAAGAAUUAAACCGAUUAAACAACCGAAUCCUAAUGAAACAUAAAGAAUCCAAUCUAGAUCAGAGUUUAUCAGGUUCUUUCUCAAACGGUAAAGGCUCUGGAACAUCUAAGGAUAAUCCAUCUGUAGGUUCAUCAUUUCAAGGACCAGGUGGAGUCACUGUUAAUAUUGAUCCAAAUCAACAGAUGACCAGAAAGAGAGAUCAGGAAGAAGAACUAAAAAUCUUCAGCGAAUUUUUGUCCACAUCACAACACCAACUGAAUGAUGACCAAAGUAAGGUAUCUGAUCCUGAAAUCCUUGAUGUACAAUCUGAUUCAUCUCUUGAGCUUCCUCCUGGUAGUUAUACAGAUGACGAACAGAUCUCUUCUGAUAUUUCAGACUUUCAGCUUGUUGAUAUGAACUUCAAUGAAAGUUACAGUAAAAACGAAAAUGACAACUGUUUAAGCUUUGAAGCUGUGGAUUUAGUAAAGACAGAAUCGAUACAAGUCAAUUUUGACCCUACUCAAAUUAGUGAAGAUGUGACCAAGCUUGAAAAGAUCGAAGAAGUCUGCAGCAGUGAUGAUGAAAAUGAUCAUGAAGUGUCCUCUAUCUUUACUUGUAUUAGUGAUUCCAUGGAAGGUACCGGUACAUGUAUUGGGGAAGUCCAUGAGGAGGUAGAGGAACAAGCUGUUGAUGACACUGACUCAAAUGAAGCAUCACAUUUAGGAACAAGUACCGAUAGUAAUGAAUUUGUUCAAGAAACUGACCAAAAGGAGGAUAAUUUUAAAUCUGUUAAUGUCGAUGAAAAUAAUUCUGUCUCAUCUGAUGAUAAUCCAAUAAUUUCUGCAGGAAGUGUUCAUUCAUCUGAUGAAAUAGUUCCUGAUGAAAAUUGUAGGGGUAUUAAACUAUUUUCGUCAAGUGAUGUGAAUGAGAUAAGUGCAUCAAAUCUGGAACACACUGACUUAAACUUAAGUGAUUCUGCUGCUACUGAUACUCAUUGGGACAAGGGUCAGGACCAUAAUUCCGAAAUUGUUUUCAGAAAAGAAUCCUUCGGAGAAAGUGGCUCAUCUUUGGAAUUGGGACGUACGCCAGCUGAAAAGGAUCAGGGCAGUUAUAGUUUUGGACCACCUGAUUCUGAACACAGCAUUACAGAUAUUCCUGAUGAUCAUCUGCCAGAAUUUAACUUCGUCCAAACCGAAUCCAUCCCCUUGAAACAUUCCAAAACAAGUAGAAAGGGUAAAAAAGCUCAUCUGAAGCCAGAGUUUGAGUUAUCUAUAACCACUAAUACUAAUAAAUGGAAAGAUGCUGAUACUCAGUCACCUGAAGGUGUGACGACCAAGAUAACCCUUUCUUCUAGUUAUAAUAAACGAAAACAUGUUAAUCGAAUGCACGUUAAUCUUUAAAGCAUUGAUUUUAAAGGCUGUACAACGCUAGUGUAUUAUGAAAAUAGCUAAAAUUUAUGUAUAUUUUUGUACGUUUUUUUCCUAACCUUAAUGUGACCACAGUCCUUCUCAAAGAUCGUGUCCAUGCACCCUCUUUGCCUAAUGCAUUUAAUGGUAGGCUUUAGUUACUAAGUUUAUUUAGCUUUAAGGUUAAACUCCAUUCUGGAUCCCAGGGAUAAAAGUUUAUUCCCUUCGUUUAUUUCUGGUAAAACUCGCCGGCCAUUUUGAAUGUCACAUGAUGUAUACUUCCGUCGGUCACUUAACAAAGAUCCAAGAUGGUGGCUCAAACUCGCGUUUCUUCAGAAAUUUCACAUAUUUAGCUGAAUUACUCACAUUGUGCUCUAAAAAUAGUUCCCAAUAAAUCAUCAAAUAAAAAUAGUUCCCGAUAAAUCCUCAAAUAAAAAUAGUUCCCGGUAAAUCCUCAAAUUGUUUGCUUUCAAACGAACUUUUUGAUUUCAAGAGUGGAAUAUGUAACUCAUGCAACAAACCGAUGCCCAAUUGCCGAGAAAUCGGCAGCAUUUCAUUCUAACAAUUUCUGUCAAUCAGUAACCACUGGCGGCGGAGCUUAGGAACCAAUUUCACCUUGAUCAAAUGCCGGUGGGUUUUACCAAAGAUAAACGAAGGGUAACGUCAUCUCUAGUGCCAAAAAUUGGUUAAACUCUUUGAAAUUCAAAUCAUAAGGCUUAUAAUUGUCUCACAGAAUUUGUUUAGAUGGUCAUUUUUAAUUCAUUGAAAGAAACGAGAGAUGUGUCACGAGCCCUUGAGUCUAAUUGUAGGCAGCAUCUUGGAUUAUGCACGUACAGUAGCUUUAUAAAGUGGGAUAGAGAUGAAUGUAGUUGGUAUUUUUCCCUGAAAUUAGUUAGCAGUUUUCAUGGAUUAUCGUUUUGUUACAUUUUGUUAAUAAGUUUAUGAAAUGACAGUAGCACAUUGGAUAUAAAAAUGUAUGUACACAUUACCAAGAAAUAUGCAUAAUAUAUGAUUCAUAUGAAAAUAUAGAUUGAUCAGAUGUCCUCCUCUCCUUGGUAUCCACGGUGGUCUUAUUCCAUUCUACUCCACCACAUUUUCAAAUUAUCUGCCCUUGAUGAUUGUGUUAUUUUUAUCGACCAAUCAAAAAUAUUGUAACAUGUAAAUGCAUAAAAACUGACAUAAAAACAUCCGUCCCAUUAGGACAUCUUUCUGUGUGCAAUUCACUUUCUUUCAAACUUUCUCAUAAUCGAGAGAACGCCGUACUGUUGUGAACGUAAACAAUGAGGUCUUAGACUGGUUUGUAAACUGUUUUUUGAUUGGUUCGUAAAAUCAAGCUAGGAUCAAGGGCAGAUAACUUGAAUAAGUGAAAACCCCAUGGAUGAACCCUGGGUAUAGUGGAAUAGAACGGAAUGAGUACACUGGGGAUACCGAGGAUGAUGUCUUCCAUGUGCAAAUAAGAUCUAAUUUGAAAUUGUUAAUUAUUGGUAUAGAUCAUAGCCUAAUUUAUAAUUGUUAAAUAUAUAUUUAUAUCUGAUUCAAAAAUGUUAUAUAUAUAUAUAUAUAUAUAGAUCACAAUCUAAUUGAACAAUAUAUAUCAGGAUCUAAUUUAAUAAUGUUAUAUUAUACCCCAGUCAGACUGGGGUGGCGUCCUUACUGUGCUGCUACGGCAACGGAAAAUGGUCUCGUAGCGCGCCAAGAUCACCAUAAGUAUGGUAAAUGCGUGAUGGAAACACCAGAAAUCGUGCCGUGGUCGCAAAUGAUUGCGAGUCACAGCAGUUGUUUUGAGCAUGUUCAAAGAAACUCCAAGGUUUCUGUGAUCAUACCUGAAAGCGACUUUUUUCAAAUUUGUAAUUUUUGGGAACAUUUUCUUGUAUUGUGUUCAUGUUUGCCGGUGACCUUGUGCCUUUUCUGGUCACCAUACGGUCGCAGCAGCGCAGUUAGGAUGCCAACCUGGUCUGACUGAGGCCUUAGAUCAGGAUCAGAUUCAACAAUUGUUUCAUGUAUAUAUGAAUGAGGAUCUAAUUCAACAAUGGUAUUUAUAUGAAGAUCUAAUUUCAACAAUGUAUAUCAGGGUCUAGUUCAAUAAUGCUAUAUAGAUUAGAAUCUAAUUCAGCAUGUUAUAUAGAUUAGGGUCUAAUUCAACAAUGUUAUAUAGAUUAGGGUCUAAUUCAACAAUGUUAUAUAGAUUAGGGUCUAAUUCAACAAUGUUAUAUAGAUUAGGGUCUUAUUCAGCAUGUUAUAUAGAUUAGAGUCUAAUUUAACAAUGUUAUAUAGAUUAGGGUCUAAUUCAGCAUUGUUAUGUAGCUUAGAAUCUAAUUUAAUAUUUUUAAGUAUAAUCUGUCAUAAUCAGAUAUAUUUUCACAAAUAAUUUAUUUAAUAUAAUCAACGGCACAGAAUAAUCUUACAAUAAAUAGGUUAAAUGAAGUUUUAUGGCACGUCAACUCCAACCGGGCUAUAUGGUGCCAAACACAUGGUGAUUUUUUAGAGAUAGGUUAAAAUGACACACCAAAGAUCUGUGUAAAUCAAGAAAUGAAUGCUAGCAUAAAUGGAUGAUUAAUGGUUAAACACUUAUUGAUGGUGUUUCUUCUAGCCUGUAAUCAUGAAUGUGCAAUUUACUAAAAUAGACUACUUAAAGAUGGGUUCCCAGAAAAGUAUUUAUCGGGUGGUUAUUUCCAAUAAAAGUAUGGUAAUUUUGGUAUUUAUGGAAAGUAGAGAUAUCCAAUCUUACUAGAAAAAUACUGGAUUCCCUGAAAAACACUCAUGGAGCGUAUACAGGACAAAAAUGUAAGGGUUCCCCUAAUCAACAGCCCGACGAUUAGGAAUUUCUGCACGCGUGAUGUCAAAGGUCACACGCGAACAUUGAGCGCUUGAUGUACAAGUUGAUAAACUUUAUGAAGAGUUAGACGUACAACACUUUCUGAGAUAAAAAUGACGGAAAAAGAUGCGAGGCGGGUAUUGGAUAAUCUGAGAAUUUAAUUAGGAUUCGAUAUUUGUUAUAAAUAGGGAGCGAUUAAAGACAACAUCAUCUUGUGUAUGCAGUGAAUUCUCUUCCGACUUCGCACCUGUAAGUCACGUGACACAAACAUGACCUCUUUUGGUCGAUUUUUUUAUAGCAAGGGUAUAAUUACAAUGUUUGAGAAGGAUUUGAAACAAAGUUAUGACAAAUUAAUUAGUUUGAAUAUGUUUUUAGUCCAUAUAUACCAUUAAAUCACCCAGUUUGUACGCGGGAACCCAUCUUUAAAAGUUAAACAUACAUUAUGUAAGAGCUAAAUCUGCCUAUUGCAGGCCUUUCUUUAGGCCUUGAAAUGUUAUAUAAACUAUUAAUUGGACUUUUAUUAACAUGACAAUUGACAGGACCAUAUUCAACGUUCGUUCGAUGCCAUCUGAUGGGUCCGAUUUUCAUUAGAUUUGAAUGCGGUCUGCCAGUCAACGGCCGUUGAUGAUAAACAUGGAUAAUUGAGACUUGGUUUAUAACAUAACAAUGGUAACCAUGACAAUCGGGGCUACAUGGUUAUUAAAAUGAGUAUUUCUCGGCUCAGAGUUAAGUAAUUUGACUAAAAUUUUCAGCAUAUUUUCGUCGCCCUAGACCUCCUGGUAUGUGAGCAAGCAUCUUACUCACUGAGCCACAGUGGCAACCAAUUUAUUUUUGAUAAUGAAAAGUCGUGCUUAUGUGUAUAAUAUAAACAAGAUGGUUUUUGUUUUGAAAGAUUUUUAUUAUUAUUAAUAUUAUUAGAGUUGAUUUGUUAUUUGACGUGUGUAUCUGUUUGCUAAAUUUAUGUAAUUUUUAUUAAUUGUUAGUUUCUAUUAUUAGUGCAAAUAAAAAAUGUUUCGUAUGGUU